GGAUUAACUGCAGUAAUGUGUUAGGUAUGAAAUUGUACUGCAAUAUUCGAUCAUUUGACGAGUAAUGGCGUGCGUUUUUCUCUCGGAAGACACUUUCAAAUUUUAUUCUAUGUCGUCAGAUCCUAUGAAUAGUUACUUUUAGUGCUUGUGAUAUAAUGUUGUAGUGUGAGAAAUAAUAAUUGAUAUAAUGUUAGAUAAUUUGUGAUGUGUGAAUAAAAACGAAACCACUGAGCUGGAUGUCUUUUUUAGUAUCAUUACUCAAGACUUAUGCGAUUUCCGGAAAGAGUAUCGCUGAUAGAACCCUAGGUUGGCAGAGGCAUAGUACGAUGGCAGUACCUAGUAGAGCGAGGGUAUAUGCCGAUGUCAACUCACAGAAGCCAAGAGAAUAUUGGGAUUAUGAAAGCUAUGUAGUUGACUGGGGCAAUCAAGAAGAUUACCAGUUGGUUCGAAAGCUUGGGCGUGGGAAAUAUAGUGAAGUAUUUGAGGCAAUAAAUAUCACAAAUAACGAGAAGUGUGUAGUUAAAAUAUUGAAACCUGUUAAAAAGAAGAAGAUUAAAAGAGAAAUAAAAAUAUUAGAAAACUUAAGAGGAGGCACAAAUAUAAUUACUUUACAAGCAGUAGUCAAAGACCCAGUAUCUCGUACCCCAGCAUUGAUUUUUGAACAUGUGAACAAUACUGAUUUUAAACUACUGUACCAAACUUUGUCAGAUUAUGAUAUAAGGUAUUAUUUGUAUGAACUUCUAAAGGCACUAGAUUAUUGCCACAGUAUGGGCAUCAUGCAUAGGGAUGUGAAGCCACAUAAUGUGAUGAUUGAUCAUGAUAAUAGAAAGCUACGUCUCAUUGAUUGGGGUUUAGCUGAGUUUUACCACCCUGGACAAGAGUACAAUGUUCGUGUUGCAUCUAGAUACUUUAAGGGUCCUGAAUUAUUGGUGGACUAUCAAAUGUAUGAUUAUUCAUUGGAUAUGUGGUCACUAGGAUGUAUGCUUGCAUCCAUGAUAUUUCGUAAAGAACCAUUCUUCCAUGGUCAUGAUAAUUAUGACCAACUUGUCCGUAUAGCAAAGGUGUUGGGCACAGAAGAGCUGUUUGAAUAUUUGGAUAAAUAUCAUAUAGAGUUGGAUCCUCGGUUUAAUGAUAUCCUCGGGAGGCAUUCCAAAAAACGGUGGGAGAGAUUUGUCCAUUCAGAAAAUCAACAUCUGGUAUCACCUGAAGCUUUAGACUUUCUUGAUCGUCUUCUUCGUUAUGAUCAUUAUGAGCGUUAUACUGCUCGUGAGGCAAUGGAUCAUCCUUAUUUCUACCCAAUUGUGAAGGAACAAGGAAGAAUGGUUUCAUCAAAUUCUCCAACCCCCAAUGCAUUGCAAGGACCAAUAAAUGCAGCAGAGUAAUCAAUAGUUACAGAAAAUCCGUAACAUUCUUUAUAAUGCUAUGAUAUAUAAUUGUACAAGAUUCCAAAUGAAGUCAUUAUAGAAACACCAAAACAAAGCGUCCAUUGGCAGUGUAAAUAGCUACACUUGGAAUUAAAUGAAGAACAUGGUCUUUGUUCAACCGACAACUCUUGUAAUUCCAAUGUUUGAUAAAUGGAAAUAUAAUUUGGAAAGACAAUAUAAUUUAGUGUUUAAUAUUAGUAAAACUGGUUAUGCAUUGUUUUAAAAGUGUUUAUCUCGGGUAUGAACUGGCAGAACAACUCAUGAAAGUGAUCAUGUAUUCAAGAUGUUACUUUGGAAGUAUCCUAUGAUGUUUUAAAUUGUUGAAGUAAAACAUAAUCAUCUUUUUUUUUUACAAAAAUCAAUAAUAUGGAUUAUUGAGAUGAAGACAACAUUUCGAGUUUCAUUGCACUUGAUCUUUUGCAUUUAUUAACCUAUGGUAUUGAUAUUGUAAUUACUUGUAUAAUAUAAUACUGAUAACAUCUGCAUACCAUUUGCAAGAACUGGUUAGCGGCUUUUCGUUGGAAAUGUAUUUAAAAUUUUGUAUUUAUGUAAUAGAAGUAAAAUGUAGAUAUGUGUAAUAUAAAUACAAAAUUUUAAUAUGAUAAAUUAAUCGUUUUCUUUAAUUACUUAGGUAUUUUAUAAAGAAGACCAGUAAUUUCUAAUAAUAUUAGACAAUGUCGCUAUUAUUGUUUCUAUUAGUAUAUUUUAGUAAUUUACGUUAGCCGUUCUUUAUACAGCUAUUUUCGACUUCAUUUUAUAUAAUUACAUAUAAAAUCAAGUCGAAACCUCAAUUUGAAGGUAAACCCUCAUUGAUUAUAAUUUAUUUAAGUGUGAUAACUGGAAGUUGUUGCAUCAAAAUUUUUUUAAUAAACAAUACUAACUUUGCCUGGACA